AUGAAUUUCUUAGAAGCCUUGGACUUGUCCAAUAAUCAAUUGUCUGGUGGGCUACCCGAGCAUUUGACCAUGGGCUGCUUUUCAUUAACUUCCCUUGCACUGUCCAACAACAAAUUGCAAGGGCAGAUGUUCUCUUCAAAUGUUAACCUUACAAAGUUGCGGGAGUUGCACUUAGAUGGGAAUCAUUUCUCUGGGAAGAUCCCAGAUUCCUUGUCUAAUUGCUCCUUUUUGUCAACAUUGGAUUUAAGCAAUAACGUGCUUUCUGGGGAGAUACCAAUGUCGAUGGAGAAUAUGUCAAGUUUGUCAACAUUGGAUUUAAGCAAUAACGAGCUUUCUGGGGACAUACCAAGGUGGAUGGGGAGUAUGUCAAAUUUGGAAGAAAUUGUGAUGGCAAAUAAUCAUCUUGAAGUGAACAACAUAUCUGGGCGUCUUCCAUCUUGUUUCAGCCCUUUAUGGAUAAGUCAAGUUCAUUUAUCAAGAAACAAGCUAGAAGGGGCACUCACAAAUGUUUUUCAUAAUAGCACUAGCCUGGUGACAUUAGAUCUCAGCAAUAAUCACUUAACUGGGAAAAUUCCACGUUGGAUUGGCAACCUUUCUCGAUUGAGUUUUCUUUUGCUAAAUAACAACCAUUUUGAAGGUGGGAUUCCAAUUCAGUUAUGCAAAUUGGGCCAGUUAAGCCUGAUUGAUCUUUCCAAUAACAAUCUUUCAGGUACAAUUCCACCUUGCCUGAAGAUUACAGCACUGAAUGAAAUAUCCCAAGAAUAUGUUCGUUAUGUCACUGAUAUUGCUCAACCUCCCAGUUCUUUCUCCAUUGAUGAACCGAUAGAGUUCAGAGUGAAAAGCAUGUCUUACUCUUAUAAGGGAAUUGUUCUCACAUACUUAUCUGGAAUUGAUCUCUCUUGCAACAAGUUGACAGGUGAGAUUCCCAGCGAAGUGAAAAACUUGCGAAAUAUUUAUGCUUUGAAUUUGUCUCACAACAAUUUGAUAGGACCAAUCCCACCGGCGUUUUCCAAUCUGAAGCAAAUUGAGAGUCUCGAUCUUUCUCACAACAACUUGAGCGGGAAAAUCCCUCCACAACUUGUGGGGUUAUAUAGGUUGUCUUAUUUCAGUGUGGCAUACAAUAAUUUAUCUGGAAGUACACCUGCAUGGACUGCACAAUUUGCAACAUUUGACGAAAGCAGCUAUGUGGGAAAUCCUCUUCUCUGUGGUGAUCCAUUGAAGGACUGCUCAACAUCAGGACCAUCAGCAUCUUUAUUGCCAAAAGCAUCGACUGAAAAUGGUUUGAUUGAUAUGAUUUCCUUUAUGUGA